CCGUGAAGCCUCGGAAGCCGAGCCGCGACCUCGGUGACCGGCCGACGAGCCGCUGCACCUACGCGCUCGUUAAAACGACGUACAUACCUCAGUUUCGCAGAGUCCGUCGCCGCGGCCGCAUCCCUUUCCCGCACCCGGGACCAGCCGUUUCACGUCGACGCGACGGAACGCGCCGCGACACCUCCAAAGUCCGCCUCCGACCACGCUCGGCCGAGCAACGCGGCGCGCGUCUCCUCCCGGUGUCUCCGCUAAAAGACAAUCCCGGAAACAUUAAACAACGCAGAAAGUUCCGCGUCGUUCGAUCGAAGUGAACUCACCGUUUAUCGUUCGUCUCCUUCGUGAAAAGAUCCUGCGUGAAAAACGGGGAAGUUCGCGUGGGAACGUCGCUACCGGUCCCUGUAACGAAGAGAAGAGGCGAACACUCGUGUACGGAGAGAAGUGCGAACGUGAGUGACGAACUCGUGAGAAUCGGUGGAGUUGAGAAUUCUGUUUCGACUAGGACACUGUAGCAGGUUUGUUAAUUAACCGUGUAGCUUGCGAAUAAAUCGUACUCGAAGGGGCUGAAAGAUCCAUCGCAGGAGUCGAUUGUAGAGGAAGCUACAGUGCUCUAGAAGCUCGUAAGUGUAGAUCCAUCGCAGGAGUCGAUUGUAGAGGAAGCUACAUUAUUCUGGAAGCUCCGAAUUUAUCGUCGGCCAGAGGCGGCGGCGGCAGGCGGCGGAGGACGUCUCAGCUGCGGAGGGCACCGGCGGACGGAAAGCGAGAAAACUCGACCUAAAUCGCGAAUAAUUACCCAGCUGGCACUCGUCUUCCCGUUCCUCGGAGAAAGUUCGUUAGCCCGGCGACACUUGGCGAAUCGUCACACGAACCGAAACUUUUUUUGGUCAUCCCAGCCGUCCUCGGUUUUCAAAGAUAAACGACAUCCGAUCCUCCAUCUUCCUCUGCCGAUCGUCCGGCGGGCCGAUGAUCUCCGGACGCUGUCGCGCCGCGCGACGCGAGAGGCGGCGAAGGAAGAGCCGCGGCUAGACGAGGGGAAUUACCUUUAAUGCGAUGGAAAUUGGAGCGAAGUGAACGUCAACCGGGAAAGAGAUCGACCGGGUCAACGUUUCCGUAGAAUAUCUUCCCCGGCCCGUCGACAGGCUUCGCAAGUUCCGCAAAAUGGCGCGGAAUAGCUGUAGAGGUCCUUGAACUACACUCGCGGCUGGAUCUUCUUUCCUACGAAUACACAGGUGUAGUCUCGACAUCAUGAUUCUGACGCGGUGUAGACUGACGAUCGUUACCUGGCUGAUCUCCGCGGUGUCCAUGAUGAGCGCCGUCGACUACGACGACUACUCGUCGGUCGACUACGCGGACUCGGACUACAACGCCACGAACUGCACGAACUACUACUGCAUCUCGAACGAGGAUUACGUGGACCGCAUGAUGAACUACAUAUUCCCGAAGUUCUGGGACUGGGUGCUGAUCGCCUCGCACUCCGUCAUCUUCGUGACCGGGCUGGUCGGCAACGCGCUGGUCUGCAUCGCCGUGUACAGGAACCACACGAUGAGGACCGUCACGAACUACUUCAUCGUGAACCUGGCGGUCGCCGAUUUCCUGGUGCUGCUGCUCUGCCUUCCGUUCACCGUGCUCUGGGACAUCACCGAGACAUGGUUCCUGGGCCUCACCCUCUGCAAGGCCGUCCCGUACCUUCAGACAGUCUCGGUGACCGUGAGCAUAUUGACGCUAACUUUUAUAUCGAUAGACCGCUGGUACGCGAUAUGCUUCCCACUGCGGUUCAAGUCGACCACGGGGAGAGCGAAGACCGCGAUCAUCGGCAUCUGGGCGAUCGCUUUACUAUUCGAUAUACCGGACCUGGCCGUGCUGCACACCUUCCCGCCGAGUCACAUCAAAGUGAAGACCAUCCUGUUCACGGAGUGCACGAUAUCCUGGAGCCAGGAGAGCCAGGUCACAUUCACCGUCCUCAAGCUGAUCUUCCUCUACACCGGGCCGCUGAUCUUCAUGAGCGUGGCGUAUUGGCAGAUCGUGAGGGUCCUCUGGAGGAGCGACAUACCGGGUCACAAUUUGACGUCGCGAGCCUCCCAGAUGAGCCAAACACCUUCCGGCGGCGGCAACACCGAGGCGCAGCUAAGGUCCAGACGGAAGGCGGCGAAGAUGCUGGUGACGGUGGUCAUCACGUUCGCCAUUUGCUAUUUCCCGGUGCACUUGCUCUCCGUGUUAAGGUAUACCAUUACGUUACCGUCGAACAAGUGGAUAAACGCCAUCAGCCUAAUCGCGCACGGCCUCUGUUACUUCAACAGCGCCGUUAACCCCUUGAUCUACAACUUCAUGAGCGGAAAAUUUCGGAAGGAGUUUAAGCGUACUUUCCGUUGCACCGGGGGAAGCGGCUCUCGGGUUCAACGUGGCUAUCUCGCGAGCUCAUCUAAUCUGCCUAGGAUAAAGACACGGACCACCACGAUACGAACAACGCUGAAAAACAAUAAUAACGUUCAACGAAGCUCCGAGAUCAUACCCCUCAGCGCUAUAACGAACGCUCAGCAAAACGAGAAGCACGAAUGAUCGCGGCCUCACCAUCGACGAGACCGUUGACUGUCGGUUGAACAGUAAAGUUUCAGAAGGUUCGUUUAUUUGCAUCGUAAUUGGAACUUUAAUGUUGAACGGUACUUAAUCGUUACAAGAUAAAGCGCUGUCGAAUGGAUGUCAUUCAAAUAACAAAGGACAUUUGAAAAAGCGAUCUGUAUUUAGUUCCUACUUCCGUAAAAAUCGGUUGGACACUGGUUGCGCCGUUCGCAUGCGAGGUCUCGCAUAUCGCGACGAAGCGAUUCCGAAUGUACCGACCGCGGUAAUAAAAAAAUGAACGGUUCGUCGCUGAACGUCGGAGUGGAACUAUAGGCACACACGCGCGUCUGCACGUUAUUCAUGAUAAUCGGCUGGUAGCAUCCGUGACCGUUAACGCUAUCCAUAUAAUUUUCAUUCGAACGACACGCCAGCCACGCCGACAGAGUCGUAUAUAAAAAGUUUAAUAACGUAACUACUGCUACUAUGUUAUAAAUAUAAUGCGAUUGUAAAUCUGAUACUCUGUACACUAUUUCCUAAUAUGUUUACGUCUCGAUGGAACUUAUUGUUACAUUCACUAACGUUACAAUUCGCCCGUGUACGAGGAUCGUUGCGCGACGAUUGAAAUUCCACUGUUUAGAUCUCGCCGCUGAUCCUCUCGAACGAAGGAUUUUAUACGAGUCGAAUGUUGAUCGGCAAAAUUUUUAAAAGUCCUUGACACUCGCUGAAUCGAA